UCCAUUGUGUCCUUAAGUAUGUUUAAAAUUUACCCCCUAAUUCCGUGCGGUUUUGUCUUUCACGUGUGGGGUUUAGUGUCCUUGCGCCUGCAUCGGAGGACCCUGCCCGUAGAGAAAAUGGUUCACUCUGGUCCCCAUCCUUUUUCUAGGCUUGCUAUUGUGCGCCCGUGAUCGACAAGACCACGAGGCUGAGCGCGCCGAGGAGGUUUUUUCUAUAAAUGGCUUAAAGCCCUAGUCUAGACUAUUUUCUCGGAUAAAAGGGGGAGACAAUUACCUUCUUGUUCUUUGCUGGUGAACCCUGGCUCUGUAGGGCGAACCUGGAAUUUAACCAGUCUGCCCGAAGCCGGCUGUGGAGGACAAAAACAGCCGCGACCUCCGGCAGGGCAGAAAGAGAAGGGCAGCCCUCGCAGGACGCUCUCCUUUGGGGCUCGUGCCUGGGUGUUUGAUCUUCCUUUUCCUGUUUGCUUGGGGACCGGACCGGAGCCGAGCGAAGGGUGUGAUGGACUGCAAUAAUGGAUGCUCCGCGGAAUGUACCGGAGAAGGAGGAUCAAAAGAGGUGGUGGAGACUUUUAAGGCUAAAGAUCUAAUAAUCACACCAGCCACCGUUUUAAAGGAAAAACCAGACCCCAAUACUCUGGUUUUUGGAACGGUUUUUACGGAUCACAUGUUAACAGUGGAGUGGUCCUCGGAGUUUGGAUGGGAGAAACCACACAUCAAGCCUCUUCAAAACCUGUCAUUGCAUCCAGGUUCGUCGGCUUUCCACUAUGCAGUGGAAUUAUUUGAAGGAUUGAAGGCAUUUCGGGGAGUAGAUAAUAAAAUUCGUCUGUUUCGGCCGAGCCUCAACAUGGAUAGAAUGUACCGGUCUGCUAUGAGGGCCACUUUGCCGGCAUUUGACAAGGAAGAGCUUUUAGAGUGUAUUCAGCAGCUUGUGAAAUUGGAUCAGGAAUGGGUCCCCUACUCAACAUCUGCAAGUCUGUAUAUUCGUCCUACAUUCAUUGGAACUGAGCCUUCUCUGGGAGUCAAGAAGCCUACUAAAGCCCUGCUCUUUGUAAUCUUGAGCCCAGUGGGACCUUAUUUUUCAAGUGGGAGCUUUAAUCCAGUGUCCCUGUGGGCCAAUCCGAAGUACGUAAGAGCCUGGAAAGGUGGGACCGGGGACUGCAAGAUGGGAGGGAAUUACGGCUCAUCUCUCUUUGCCCAAUGUGAAGCAAUGGAUAACGCGUGUCAGCAGGUUCUGUGGCUCUAUGGAGAGGAUCAUCAGAUAACUGAAGUUGGAACAAUGAAUCUUUUUCUUUACUGGAUAAAUGAAGAUGGAGAGGAAGAACUGGCAACUCCUCCGCUAGAUGGCAUCAUUCUUCCAGGAGUGACAAGGCAGAGCAUCCUGGACCUGGCACACAAGUGGGGAGAAUUUAAGGUGUCAGAGAGGUACCUCACCAUGGACGACCUGAACACAGCCGUGGAGGAGAACCGCGUGAGGGAGAUGUUUGGUUCUGGUACCGCCUGUGUUGUUUGCCCAGUUUCGAAUAUACUGUACAAGGGUGAGACUAUACACAUCCCAACUAUGGAGAAUGGGCCUAAGCUUGCAAGCCGCAUCUUGGACAAAUUGACUGAUAUUCAGUACGGAAGAGAAGAGAGUGAUUGGACAAUCACAGUAUCCUGAAUGGAAAAGAACAGGCUAUCAUUUGUGUGUUCUUGGGACAGACUGUUGCAUUUGAAUUAUGAGAAAUUUCUUUGGCUACCUGUUUUUAGUUGUGCAUAAUGUAGUUUGUAUUAUCAGUGUUUCCAGGGCGAUUGUUUCCUCGUGCCAGAGAAGAUGAAUUGCAGUCAUCCAGUGGUAGUUUAUAAACUUGCUCCUAGAAGCUUACCUUACCUUCUCUAGAAAGAUGAGAAUGGAAGCCAUCUAAGCGUAGAAUUUUCCUCCAUAACCUGAGUGCUUCCCUUGGUACUUCAAUCAGAUAAAAAAGUGUUUAUUCUUUAGCAUUAAGUUACGUUCUGCUCCUCAACCAAGUGAGUGUUUUUGUGUUUGAAAAGCUGAUCUGAGUAAAUUUCAUAGGUACCAUUUCCUGCCACACAUCUUCAUCCUCAGAAAGUGUUUGUUGUUGUUGUUUUUUUAAAUCAAGACUUUGAGAAACUGGAUUUCCUCCCCUCAUAUUUCUUUCCAGGUCCCCUAAGUCCGUCUUAGGGAAAAUCUCUCCCCCCUUCCUGAUGUCCCGGUCUGCGCCAGGCUCUCCUGGUGCAUCAGCAAGGCCCACCCCUGCCCUUUCCACAUUGUGUUGUAAUCAGCAGUCAGGCUUCACUACAAGACUGAGGGUCUUGUGCCUUAUAGAUCUUUGUAUUCCCCUGCCUGUCACCUAACAAGGAAUGAAUGAACAUGUACCUUCUAUAGAAGUGUACCUUCUUUGUUUCUAUAUUGUGAAACCUCUUUAUUAGAAUUUGUGAUCGAUUCUGACUUUGUAUUUACCUCAUCCAGCAGUUCACAUGUGCAUGAAUAUAAACAGAACUGGUGGCACUUAAAAUGGUAAUGAUUAACUUAUUUUAUUUUUAAUUAACAAUUUUCAUAUUGUCUUUAUUGGAAGACUGUCUUGGAAUUAAAGUAAUAGCUCUAGAGAGAUCGUGAUACCAUACCAACCAAAUGGAAAUGAUAUAUGUUUCGUGUUAAACACAUAAAUGUUGUGAUGAAUACAAAAUAAAUCAUAUUUAGUUUUUUGAUAGAAAGCAAAGAGGUAUAUACUCUGGAUUUUAUACUCUGGUUCUAUAGGUGCUCAUUUCUGUUGAAUGGGGAUUGGAUAAGCACAUGGUUAGGGUACAGGGAGAGUGAUUAUAGAUGAUAUUUUCCUUGUUUAGGAGCCAUGAGUUAAAAUUGUAUCCUGGUUUAUCUAGGGGAAAGUCAAAUCUUGAUAGAAAACAUUUACCCUUGGAAGGUCAACUCUCAGACAUUAUAUUUUGGUUUCCUUUAGUCCUAAUAACUUUCAUCUUGCUGAUCAUAUUUCAUGCUCUUUUCAGAGCAAGGAAAAAAUUCUAAAAGUUUUGCUGUGCUGGAAAAUUUUCCUUAAGGCAUUUAGCAGCACAUAGCAAAUGGGGCUUUGAUUCUUUUCCAAGACUUUUGGCCAUAGAGUCUUUUUAGAUAGGAACGGUAAAAUGAAAAUGAGGGAAGUAUAAGAUGAAAAGGAAUGGUAAAAAUGUCUUUUAGGGGGCUUUUAAUUGGCGAUCUGAAAUCUUGGGAGAGUCUGUUCUUUUUAGGGAGGGCUGAAGUGCUUUAACUAUGCUCUGCACAAAUUUGUUCACCAAGUAGCAUUCUGAGAGUAUACAUUUGCCUUGGCCAAAUCCUGGGACCUUAUUUUCAAUAUUGUAGGCUAGAAAUGACUUAAGGUAAUUCUAACCUGUCAAGUAGCCCAUGAUAACCAGACUCAACAUUCCUAUGAGAAAUGGAAAUCAUCUAUUUGCCACAAAUACAUUUUAUACUUUGCAUCUCUGAAUUAGUAUGGCGAGACAUGUUCGUUGUAAGAGUUCGAGAACAAUAUGUCUUGACAUUAUGUCUGUGUGAUUUCUUUCAUCAGACCUUAAGAGCAUUUUAAGCCCUUUCUACCAGACUCUGUGAAGAUGAAGGAUAUACAUUUAAAGAAACAAGGUCUCCUAAAACAGAGGACACAGUCUGCCAUUCUCGUUUAAGUAAUAAGACAGGAAAUUGACCUUGACACUAACUUGUUAAAUAGAUUUAAAGGGAACAUCUGCACAUCUCUUUUCCUUGUGCACUAUUUGUUUAAUUGCAGUGGAUUAAUACAGCAAGAGUGGCACAUUAUAACUAGGCAAUUAUCCAUUCUUCAAGACUUAGUUAUGGCAACACUAAUUGAUCAUUUAAGGCGUAAGAUAGGCUAGCAUUAGGAACAUGUGAGGCUAAUCUGCUCAAAAAGAUCAACAAAUUAAUAUUGUUGCUGAUAUUUGCAUAAUUGGCUGCAAUUAGUUAAUGUUUAAUUGGGUUGAUCAAAUGAGAUUCAGCAGUUCACAUGUGCAUGAAUAUAAACAGAACUGGUGGCACUUAAAAUGAUAAUGAUUAACUUAUUUUGCGUGUUCUCUUCCUUCCACUUUUUUUUCAGUUUUUACACUUCAGACCAAGUUCAUCAGCCUUUUUCAAAACACAUCAGUAGAAACCAAGAUUUUAAAACGAAGCUUUCAGGCAUUAGACAAAACCUGAGCAUUUCCUAAAGCUAUUCGCUAUUAGGAAUUUUCUUUGUUACAGUCAUUUAUCAAGGCUUCAACUCAUGAUACACCAAAAGAAGAGUCCAUUUCAGGGAUGUGUAUCAUGCUCCCCAGAACCUGCAGGACUGAAUAAACUAGUAAUACCUAAUAAAACCUUUACUUUCAAAAGUACAGAGGAAAAGUGAAAGGGAAAGAGGAAUAAAUGACUGAGAAAACUUGUUAGGGAAUCACUUUUUUUUCUACCUGGUAAACACCGUUUAUUCUGUUCUCAAAAGAUUGUCACGAGAAAAAAAAAAAAGAUCAGAGGUAGCAAGAAAGCGCAAUGUCACAUCGAUUCUAUAACUUGGCAAUGUCAGCCCUCCUGAAGAUCUGGGAAGCCUACAUUAUACACCCUGGGUGAAAACUCUUCAUCAUAUCUAGCUUUCCUGAAAUCAGAGUACUCUGGGGCACUUAAAGGCAAUUAAUGAGUAUAUCUUGGUCAAAAGAAUUGUAGGAACUUUAUUAAAGCUUCGGUUUCAGCUCUGCUUUAGGGAGUUUGUGCUAUAAAAUUAGCUGCCAACAUAAGCUUAUUUAUUUUCCCCUUUCCCACUUAGUGCUCAAUCACUGUAUUCUUUUUCCUUUAAAAGUUCCUUUUUAAAAUUAUAUGUUCACUUUACCCUUAUGAUUGGGAAAAAUCUAUUUUAAGCAGGAAACGACAACAUUCAUUCACUGUCAAUGAGUGAUAUUUUCUAAAAUAUUUAGAGCAAUAAACAUUCAUGAGAGGCACUAAAGCUUAGACAGGGGUUAGAGAAACAUUGUAAGAGGGCUCUUUGAUUUCAUGUCCUGAUUCUAAAUAAGAUCAAAGAAUUAUUCCUUUAAUGUGGAUUUAGGAUAUGCAAAAACUUAAGUUAUAAAUAGUAAUCCUGGCACAUAAUUUUAGUAGAUGUUUAUAACACCUAUCACUUUGUUUUGCCACAAGUAGAAUUUGUUCAGCUGUCUGUUUUCCAGAUAUCUCCUCAACAAGAGGAGGCAGAGAGUACCACUCUCUGAAUAAGCAUUACUUAUUAAUUGACGAAGAUCACAGAGAUUAUAGUUAACUGGAUCAGUUAACUUGAGAAAUGUUGAUUGAGUACCCACAAAUAUGUGUCUAACACAACUCACAGUAGGAUUAGAAAGUUAGUUUUAGAAAAUAAGUAGUAUAAAGACAUUACCCUCGUGGAGUUUAUACUCUCCUACUUGAAGUUUUAGGUAUAAAAGUAAUAUUUAAUACAGUUAGAUGAUAAGGAGACAAAGGCCAGAGCACACCUCUGUUAUUGGUGUGCUAUCAAGAAACCACAAUAAACAUUUUCAUCUCAUUUUUAAAAGAAAUAGUGUCCUUUUUUCCCAUUCCUUUCUUUCCUCUCCUGGGAAACUACUCAGUAGAUUAGUAUUUAGGGGUUCUUGGUGUGAAUUACCUCCCGGUUUACUGUUUACUGCUAACCUGAUACAUUUGUUAACUGCAUCCCUUUGGAGCGAUGUUAAGUUGUCAUGGUUCAUCUAACAAAAGAACACCUCAAAUUACAGCAUCCUUGCUGAUCUUAAAGUCAGGUAUUAUUGAAAUAAACAAAAUGUUCCUAGAGUGACUUUUUCUGGAAAAUGUCAAUUAUGAAUCAAACUGUUGAGACUGUUGGCUUGAAAAUGAUGGAUUACAGCUACUCAGAAAAUAGCAGGUGGAAGACGUAACAUUAAUACAACAGUUUUUCUCAGUUUGAGGUUUUAAAAGAAAGGCCGUUUAAAGUAUUGCAAAGAGAUUCUUUUUUAUCAUUGCCAGAAAGUUCUUUUAAAAAUACAAAGGUAGAAGAAAGUGAUUUAUUUUCCAUCUUCAGUAUACAUACCAUAGUAAAAAACUUCUCAUAUUAAUUUGAGGAAGUGAUAAAGAAACAUAUCAAUAGAAUAGAAACAUAUCAAGUGUUUGGAGGUAAAUAAUUCCCUGGGAUCAGAUAUAUGUAAACAUAUUUGCUUUAGUGAAUGAGAAAGGCAUGAAAUUCAGUCUUAGCAAAUGAGGUGGUCUUUAAAAAUCUGCUGGAUACAAGUAUUGAAGUUUUAAGUAAUCUUUGUAUACUUUCUGUCUGAAAGUUUGUUUUGCCUACCACAUACCGAUUAAUAAGGUCUAAAACAUGAGUUACCUAAUGUUCUACCUAUGGAACCCACUGCUGGGAUGGUAAAAAUUGUGAGCUGUGAUACGGGAAUGAAUUUAAAAUGUAUUAUCGUUGACAUGUAUUUUCUCUACAUGUCCACUGUCACAAUGGCUAGGUUCCUUGUUACCCAUCAUUGAAUGGAGACAAUUUUAACUACAGAAGAUGUCAGAGGAAGAACAAAUGGUAGUAGAGAAAGUAAGGCAAAAAGUCGAACUUGCUUCUGUGCUGUCCGAGAGAGCUCUUUUUCCUCAUUCUGCCAGCCGUCGGGAUCUUUCAACAUAGGUGCCAAGUACAAAUAGUGCCAAUUAGAAAGUGACUAAAUAUAGUGGUCAGCUUAUCAGAUACUCUUGAGAUAAUGAUCUAACGGUCAUGUUGCAUGGGAACUACUUUAGAUUACUACCAAUAUGGUUAAGACUUUAUACUUGCAUAGUCUAUAAGACCUAUUUUGUCGUUUCUUCAACCAUUUUAUUUUAAGACCUGUGAAGCUUCUUGAGACUGAAUAAAAGAAUAAGUGGCAAGGAGUAGAUGGUGACUUCUUUUUCCCCUUGGGAAUACUAUUGGCCACCAUCCCCCUUUCCUUGGUGAAGGUUAACUGAUUCGGAAAUUCGUUGAAUAUUAUCAUUUUAUUUUUAACUAAAAUGUACAACACGCUGCGAUUUCCUCAAGCUAAUUUCACAAUGGUCAUUACAGUCAUUCUCAGGGUCAAGACGGGAAUACAAAUAACCUGCCUCAAUUUCUACUUCAUUGAUAAGUGUUUAAGAGUGUUGGUAUUCAAGGAUAUGGCAGUAAGUAGAUUCUGAAUGAAAUUUUGAGGAUAAGCUGGCUAAUCUGUAUGUACCUAUAGAUUCUGCAGAUGGUCCCCUGUUGACGUAAAACAAUGCAUGAUCCCAUAGUUAGCCAAUAAAUGGAGCCUAACCCCCUAGGCUGAAGAAUCUGUGCUUACUUGAUAUGGUGGCUGAGAGAAAAGUAGUGUGAGGAAGUAGUUUUUAAAUCAGUUUAUAGUUAGAAAUGGGAGAAUACCAGCUUAACUAUGGAAUUUUUAGAACGUGUUCUCUUGCAUCUAAGCCUGAUUGUAAUGAAAAAGCCCCAGCCAUUGCUUGUCUCAAAUUUCUCUGGUUGUGUAGUUAUUCUUGAGAUUAUCUUUAAGGAUAAUCAAGUAGAAAGAAAUAAACAUUUUAUAAAUAAGCCUUGGCUCUCAUGAGCAAUUGUUGAAAGAUUGUGUUAAAAGGAUUUAAGCUCACUGAAAGCGUAAUAAUGGAAAUGUGGAAAAUAUGGUGGGUAAAGGAAACUACCUCAUUCUUCGAAGGUUUUGUAGAAGCACAAUUAAGCAUUCUUAAAUGGCUUUGUUACGUAUGAACCAUCUGGUGUGAAAGAACUGUAUUUGUAACGUCUAAAGGACCUGGAAUAAUUGUAUUUUGCUGGCAAUAGACAUAUUCUUUAUUGUUCGCAGGUUCCUCAUCAAAUUAUACACUGAUUCUGUCAUCAAUAAAACAAUUUCAAGGA